UUUAAAUUCCAGAACCGCUCAUUGUGUCUUUGCUUGUGGAUGCUUGAUUGAGGAGAACACUAAGGAAAGAUCAGCAUUCCGGGUCCCUACCUAUACAUUGAAAACUAUCGCUAUGGAGACAAUGAGUGAAAUCAUCCCAUUUGCCAAAGAGAUGUUGAACCAGAAGCCCAGUCGGCUUAUGCUGAAGAUGUACAUGCUGGGGACCACCCUGGCUUUCAUCGGCAUGGUGGGCGGGUUUGUGGAGACCGUCUGCCUCCCAUUUGCUGAGCAGGAGCCCACUGAUGAGGAAGUAACAGAGUUUGUCACAGAGAAGGUGAUGCUGAAGUCACAAACAGCCAUCUCUAAGCCUGAUGUUGUAGAGGUGCUUCAAACUGAGAUUGGGGUCAAAGCAAAGACCCUGCAGAUGAUUGGUAAGAGGAGGAGGUCAUGUGCCUGUUGAAACGGAAAUGCCUUCUUCGUCUGUACAUUGCUGGAACUCUAACACAGCUGUCAGGACAACAGCUUACAAAACACAUAGAAUGUGGAAACAGAAGUUAUGGAAUACAUACAAUAAAAUGAAGCACUGUACAGAUUAUCAUAUAAAUAAGUCAAAUCUAGGGCCCCCUUGGACAGAUUGGCUGACAGGAAUUGAGAAGUGGAUGGACUUUAACUGCAGGCUACAGUGAUGCCGGCUGCUGGGCAGCAGAUGUUUCAUGAUGAAAGGAAUUAAAUUUGUAUUUUAUUUGGGCAACAAAAUAAACCUGUUUUUCAGCUA